GGAGGAGAGAAGGAAGCAACCAACCAACCAAGUCGCCCCCACCUCCCACCCCCACCCACUCCGGACCUGGUUUACGGCUCAGGGCUCAGGCUUCAGUGCGGCCGCUGAUUGGUUGCUGCGAGCUUGGUCCCAUCCCAGUGACCCCAAAGUGCUGGAGGGAGGGGGCGGGGGUGGCCCAGUGCAAAGUGCAUCCCGAGACCCCUGUCCGGAGACCUAGCUGCUGGCACUUCAGACCCUGUACGAGCUGGGACUUCGCAGUCCCGAGACCUCCUGUGUCCCUCCCUAGCUGGAAGCCUCCGGCCCGGAGCGCCGCAGUCCCCUGCUCGGAGCCCCUGGACCGGGACUGCCCCCCCCAGCCGGGACUUCCUCCCUGCACCCUGCCCCGAGGCUGCCCGGCAGCCGGGACCGCCACCUUCGCCUGCUCGUCUGUCCUGAUGCUCUCCCCGUUGGGGCCGUGAGGCACCGAGGAGGAUCGAGAACACCCGAGUCUGGCCCUGCCCGGGGUGUUUCUUCAAUGGAGAAGUUGGUGAGUGUGGAGGAGGCUGAAAGGAGGAAGAGGAGCAGCAGCUAAGGACACAGGGUUGAGCUGGCUGGAGGACACUCGAGAGCAGGAGGGGGUCUGCCCACCUACCGGUGAAGCAGCAAGCCCGGUGCCUCUGACCAGCAUCCUCUGUCAAGGUUAAGAAGUUCUUUGGCUCUGUGGCCUGAACAUACCCAGAAUCUCCUCCCCACGAUGUUGUAUGUGCACAAUGGUUAUUAGGCGAUCCAUAUCCCAGGAGAAGGGGCACUCUUCUGUAAGGCUGAUCCCUGUGACCUAAUGAAACCUUGUUAAAAAGUGGACUCAGCUAGGAUGUUACACCACCAUUGUCGAAGGAAUCCUGAACUCCAGGAAGAAUUGCAGAUUCAGGCUGCAGUGGCCGCUGGGGAUGUUCACACCGUACGAAAAAUGUUAGAACAAGGCUAUUCUCCAAAUGGUCGAGAUGCAAAUGGCUGGACCCUGCUUCAUUUCUCUGCAGCAAGAGGAAAGGAAAGAUGUGUUCGAGUAUUUCUAGAACAUGGAGCUGAUCCCACAGUAAAGGACUUAAUCGGAGGCUUCACUGCUCUUCAUUAUGCAGCCAUGCAUGGCCGGGCCCGGAUCGCUCGCUUGAUGUUAGAAUCUGAAUAUAGGAGCGACAUUAUUAACGCGAAAAGCAACGAUGGCUGGACUCCCCUGCACGUGGCCGCACACUACGGGAGGGACUCAUUUGUCCGACUCCUUCUGGAGUUCAAGGCCGAGGUCGACCCACUCAGUGAUAAAGGUACAACGCCGCUUCAGCUCGCCAUCAUCCGAGAGCGGUCCAGCUGCGUGAAAAUCCUCCUGGACCACAACGCCAACAUUGACAUUCAGAAUGGCUUCCUGUUGCGCUAUGCCGUGAUCAAAAGCAAUCACUCCUACUGUCGGAUGUUCCUUCAGAGGGGGGCAGACACAAACUUGGGGCGCUUAGAAGAUGGGCAGACUCCUUUACACUUGUCUGCCCUGCGGGAUGACGUGCUGUGUGCACGGAUGUUGUAUAACUAUGGCGCGGACACGAACACAAGGAACUAUGAAGGCCAGACCCCACUGGCUGUCUCCAUAAGUAUUUCCGGAAGUAGUCGGCCGUGUUUGGAUUUCUUACAAGAAGUUACAAGACAGCCCAGAAACUUGCAGGACCUGUGCCGAAUUAAAAUUCGACAGUGUAUAGGCCUUCAAAAUCUAAAGCUACUUGAUGAACUACCAAUUGCCAAGGUCAUGAAAGACUACUUAAAACACAAAUUUGAUGAUAUCUGAUACACCAGGACUCUAAGCAAGUUAUAUUCCAGAUACUUAAAAGGCUUUUGGCCUUGCACAAAGUAUAUCCUAUGCAAUUUCUGAUUUGCUGUGAAGUCAGAAAGCAGGUAUACACUUUUAGGUUUUUUUGUUUGUUUGGUUGGUUUUCAUUGUAGGGGAGGGAUUUUUUAUAUAUAUAAACACACACACCACAUGCUUGAAGGUCUUAAUUUGGUUUCUUGGUCCAAGUUUAAAAGGUCCAAGCUUUCUAUACAAUACUGCAUUUAGAAAAAUUGUUUUUCCUAAAUGACACAAGCAGAUUUGGAGUGAAGAAUUUACCCUUUCCAAAUUUAUAGUUUCAUUGGUGAGCAUGGUACUAGAAACCAGAAUGCGCGCUACAAUUUGAAGGUCCAGUUUCACCCAGGGGGUCCUGGGUAAUACUGGAAAAUGCCCCAAAAAAGAUUUAAAGUAACGCUGGCACCUCGUUUACUUUUAAUGAAUACAAAUUGACUAUUGCAAACUGUUCUUUUUUCCUAAUUAAAGUAACUUUCAGAGACAGAAAUCCAGUACCUCUGCUUUCCUUUGGGUGUGCUCUUGUUUUUAACUUAGUUUUUUUAACAACUGUAGGACACUACCCUGAGACACUGUGUCUCAGCUUUUGUCUGUAGUUGAAUUGUGCUUUAAAAAAAAAAAUGGGAAAGAAAAUAACUGUAUAAAGCCAGUAUAUUCUGUUUUUGAAACAGCACCUCUAGUGCAAUACUUUUUCUGGUGUAUUCUAUCCAUUACUCUACUCUGUGUUUGUCAUUCCACAGCUGGCUUUGACAUGCCUGUGAAAACAGGAACCGCCACUUUAAUUUUCAUUGCAGACUUGUAGUAUGUCAGUUGCAAUUCCAUUGUAAGCUUUAUUUUUUAAAUUUCACUUUAAGUAGCAAAUUUUAUCUCCUGGUGGUAGAAUAUCCCCAAAAAAAUAGCCCAAACUACUGUUAAACCAUUUGGUUUUAAUGCUUAAAUUGGGGGUGGUUUUUUUCUUCCUGGUUUUUAAAUAAAAAUAUUUUAAGGGUAAAUCUCUAAAUGGGUGCACAUUUGUAAGUCUGGCUAAUUCUUAAUAUGCUAAUUGAACAUUUCCUGCUAUUUUAAAGUUCUGUACAGUGAAGCUUUUAAGAACAGUUGUUCUGUUUUCUGGGGAGCUGGGGCAUAUGUGUGCAGAGUGAGCAUGGAGAUGAUACGGUAACGGUGGGAGUGUCCCAGCGACACAAGGUGUCUGGGAUGAUGCCCUCAGGAAGGAGUUCUCUGCUUCAUUUGUCAUUACGUGGGUUUAAGAGGAACCUUUUUAAAUGUCCCAGAAUCAUUCUCUGUGCUUUGGGAAACUUCAUAAUAUUUACACGCUGUUAAUAAAUUUGUUAACUGAAGUUUACAAGAUGAAGGGCUUCUCUUGUCUGAAUUUCUAAUUUUAAGUCAUAAAGUAUAAGAAUCUUCUUCCUAGAAGUAAAACGAAGCAGAAUUAGGAGUCUGCUGUGGCUUUACCCUUCGCAGAGCUGGCAGUGCUGUUUGUUCAGCACCAAGUUUGUUCUUGCUUCUGCAGAGUAGCCCCGGCGUCACAGUAUCUGAGCUGCUUGUGCCUGGGCAGCGUGCAGGUUUCUGACGAACGGACAGCUACAGACAAAAAGGAGUAUUCGGGGAGUUGCUAACCGGGCCCGUUGACUCCUCGCAGGCAGCCCGUUAGCACGUGGCCAGUGCUGUGAGCAUCCUUAACUGUAGCUGGAGCCUGACGGAUAGGAACGGGUAAUCCCACCUUUUCCUCAUGACUGUGUCUCCAAGAGAGUCCCUAGUGAAGACAGUUGCUAAGCUGUGUUUCUUAUCCUUGACUACCCAGCCCAGGGGUGAGGUGCCUUAACAGCGUUGUCGUGUGUCCAGAAAUGAACUGAGUGUUCCUUCUGAAACCCCAGGCCCAGGGGGAUGAGGAAGCAGGAGGUGCCUGGGCUCCUGCACUCUGAGAAGUGAUGUCAAUGUUGCAUUUGCACAGGACUUAAUUCCACACAUGUGUGUGUUUAUUCAAUGAGCUUAGAAUGACAUUCGCAUCUCAGCCGUUCCCAGGUUUCCAAGCUAAGUUAGCCACUGAAUUUGAGUCAGGGAAUUCCAAGUAAAAAGUUCAGAUUAAGGUAAAUUCUUUGUUCUGUGUUGCUGCUGUGACUUCAGAAAAAAAAAAAAAAAUUAUGAGAGCUCUUCGUGGAAUUGAAAUUUCUAUUUAAUGAAGAAGUAUAUAAUUCCAUUAUUUAUUUUUUUGAGGUUUGAUUUAUCUGGAAGCUUAAAAAGAAUGUUUUAUGUUUGUUAAUAAAAUCCCAAUCACUUAUCAUAUUUAACAGUAACUAAGAUGCCUCAUAGUUGGUAAUGGGGGAAUAUAGCAGGUCCGCACUUGAAUUUGAUUGGCAGAGAAGCAUUCCAUGGCCACAAGAUGAGUAGAAAGAAUGAAUAUCUUCAGAAAAUCAACUGAUUGCCUUUUCCAGACUCUUAACGAAAAAGUUCAGCAUAUUAUCAAAUUUGUCCCUGAUUCUUGUGUUUCUUUUCAAAUUUAUUGUUUGAAACUAUUGCUAAAUCUUUAUAAAAAUAUAUUUGGCACAUACACCAAAGAAACCAGCUCCUAAAAGAUUAUGAUCAUUAGUGAACUGCAAACCUCGUCUUUUGAAAACAAGUCUCUUUUUUUGUAAAUAUUUGUGUUUAUAAAAUGUACAGCAGAGUAAGAGUGUUUUUUAGAUUAUUUAAUUCCCAUAUUUUCUAAACUAUUUACUACAGAAUAACCCAUGCUUGUUAGUUUGGAGGACUUAACUGUUUUAUUUUUUAAUUCAUUAUCAGUCAUGCUUGGAGCAGCAUUUCCGCUAGAGAAUUCAGGGCUCUGGCAGUGCACGAGCACACAUCCGGAGCACGAGCGAGUCUAGCAUGGCUUGUCAGAUGCACACCCUGAGAGGCGAGAAUGUGUAGCGUAAUUAUCAGAGUGGACCUUAUGAAAUUGAGAUUCUAACUUCCCUGCAGAAUGGCUCAUUAGCCCAGGAGGUGAUUGGGAUAAGGCCCUUUGCCCACAAAUUUAGCUUUCAUGUAACUCCCAGUGUGUUAUAUCAUAAUGUAUUUUUGUUCUUCCUUUGUACUGUAAAUUUUGCUUUGGGUCAAUUUGAAUUAAAAAAAAACAAAUCUGGUUUAAAA